GAAAAAGCCUCUGAUUAUGGCACCAUCUGGAAGAAAGCAUUCAGGGAAAGCUGGUAAACCAAUACAGGAAGAUCAGGCCUUAUGUGCCUAUGACUUUCAGGAAGAGGAAAAGAAAAACUUGAGUGGAUCAGAAGAAGAUAUUAGGGAAGGUGACACUCCAGUAAUUGAAAAACAUGGGAAAAAAAGACCUUCAGUGACUCCUCAUGCAGUCGUUGAAGAUGAUGUCGGGGGUGAAGUGCAGACUAUGUUGGAACGAUUUGGAGCUGACAUUAACAAGGCUCUCUUGGCUAAGAGGAAAAGAUUAGAAAUGUAUACUAAGGCUUCUCUUAAAACCAGUAACCAGAAAAUUGAACAUGUUUGGAAAACACAGCAAGAACAGAGACAGAAGCUCAACCAGGAGUAUUCCCAGCAGUUCCUGACUUUAUUUCAGCAAUGGGAUAUGGACAUGCAGAAAGCAGAGGAACAGGAAGAAAAACUAGCGAAUAUGUUUCGCCAGCAACAGAAGGUUUUUCAACAAGCAAGAAUAGUUCAGAGUCAGAGACUGAAAACAAUUAAACAGCUGUAUGAGCAGUUCUUAAAGAGUAUGGAAGAACUGGAGAAAAAUCAUGAAAACCUUCUAGCAGGUGCACAAAAUGAACUUCGCAAAGAAAUGGCUAUGUUGCAAAAGAAAAUCAUGAUGGACACUCAACAGCAAGAGAUGGCAACUGUACGCAAGUCUCUUCAGUCCAUGUUAUUCUGAUGGCUCAGUGAAGAAACAACUUGCACCUAAGUAACAUG